AAGUUUCUAUAUGUUCCUGUUCUGCUUUCUGUUUGACCCGAAUAUGGGCAAAAUCACUCCCCAAGCCUUCCUAUGUGUCACUGAGAAGUUUGCCAGCAACCCACGCUACCCAGUUUGUUCAUGUUCAGUUUCAAUGCCAAGUGCAGCAGAACUUCACAUUUGUCUUCGUUAGCUAACACUGAACACGGAAAUUUGCACAACUUCAAGUCAGGGUUUAAGUCAAGGGAUGACUCAAGGUCUUCGUUUUCUGCUGAAGUUGCUUCCGUGAUCAGCAUUCGUUCACAGUGAUAUCCUGCCGUGCGUCCCCGGUGACUGGAGCGAAAUUGGCGGGAAGAUCGCGUUUCAGUGAGGUUGACCGACUUAACAGUGUGGCAGGAAGGUUGGGCGAGGGCACUACCGUUUGUAACUGCUGCCUGUAUUCUGGCAAUGUUCUGCGUAACCCGCUUUACAACUAUGACACGGAACAUGAAGACGACAAUGUGGUGGGUAUGGUUGGUUUUUAUGCCAGCGGCGUUAGACGUUGAGGGGUUUAAUUUGGACGUGGAGAGCCGCCUGUUGUACCGGGGACCUACAGGCAGUGGCUUCGGCGCCUCGCUCGACUUCCACCGAGAAACCAGCGGCGGAACGGCCGGAUUAGUGGUUGGGGCACCUUUCGCCCAGGGGGAAGCCGCCGGAAGUGGGUCGACAGGCGCAGUGUUCAGAUGUCCGGCUGAGGACGGACUUGGUGCCAAUUCAACUUGUCACAGACUUCCGCUCCAACUGCCAGACGCCAAGCCUGACCAGAUGAUGGGGGCGACCGUGAUGACGUCACCCAUUGAGGACUUAAUUGUUAGGGGAGACAUGGUGUUUGGAGCCCCUGGCAGCUACCUAUGGGAAGGUAUAUCUGUAGCAGCUGGAGAUUUGUCGGGCACUGGGGAUGAAGAUUACGUCAUCGGGGGGCCGAGGGCGAAAAGAAUCAUGGGAUUGCUGGCGGCUGGUUUUGGGUCGUCCCUCUGUGUGACUGAUGUUAACGGUGACGGUCGCCAGGACUUGCUGAUCGGAGCGCCGUACUUCAGCGUGCUGGGCGGCCCCACCAUGCAGGGGGACGUGGGGCGGGUGUACGUGUACCUCUGCAAGCCUGGGCAACCAUACUGCGGCUUGAUAGCAGCGCGGGGCUCCAUCAGAGACACCACGGCCAUAACAGGCCGAACCGCAGGUGGACGCUUCGGCACGUCCAUGGUUGCCAUGGGCGACAUGGACAGCGAUGGGUUCAACGACGUGGCGAUUGGUGCACCGUAUGCAGGCAAGGCAGGAGAAGGAGCGGUGUACAUCUACAGGGGGUCGCCAGGGGGCCUGACAAAGGAACCGUCACUUGCAAUAGAAGCGAGUUCUGUUGGGACGUGUCUAAAGUCGUUUGGCUACUCAUUAUCAGGAGGAGUGGACAUCGACGGCAAUCUUUACCCAGAUUUGGCAGUUGGUGCGUUUGAAUCUGAUGCCGCAACAGUUUUCAGGUCCGUUCCUGUGAUUGACGUCAUCACGGCUGUCCUGAAUGUCCGUCCGAAGGUGGUGGACCCGGAGACCAGGCGGUGUAACACUGAUGACGGCCGAAGAGCCGCCUGUUUCACCGCGAUGUUGUGUGUGGAGUACGGCGGCCAUGGCGUGCCUGACACGCAGGACUUCCUGGUCAGCGUGGUGUUAGACGGUCCCUUACUGCCCCUGCAGCGGGCUGUGCUGAAACAAGACACGCCACAGCUCGCCAUGAGUCUGCUGAAGAGGCAGACUAGCUGCAUGAUGCUGGAGGUUCAUCUCAAAGAGGAAAUUCGUGACAAGUUGACGCCCAUUUCUGUAGAGGUCACAUUAAGCCUUCCUCAGCAGCUAAUCACCGGGCAGCUCUCUCCCGUCCUGCGUCCUGACGCCGAAACCUACCUCAGCGCCCAGGUGAACAUGUCACGGAACUGCGGAUUGGAUGACAUUUGUGUCCCUGAUCUGGGUGUACAGGCUAGCGGUUCAACAACAACUAUUUACGUUGGAGACACGACGUCUGUGAUCCUUGACGUCACCGUGUCGAACAGAGGUGAGGAGUCGUACGAGUCUCACCUGUACGUGCUGGUCCCGGAGGAGGUGGACUACGUCGGGGCACAACGGAUGGAAACAAACACCCCGGCCAUGUGCAGCUACACUGCAGCAGGAACGGGAGGAACCGUUAACUGUGAGGUGGGGAACCCGCUGAAGGCAGACUCAUCGGUAGUUUUGCAGUUACGUUUCCUGGUCGCGAACCUGAACGGAAGUCGUCCAUUUUUAGAUUUUCCUAUCUUCGCCAACAGCUCAACUCCGGACGACAUCAGCACGACUAGAGACAACCAAGUCGUAUUUUCUGCAAAAGUAGUGGUCGAAGCAGAUGUUACUGUCAAAGGAGUGUCUCUUCCCAGAGACAUUUGGCUCGAUAGCUCCUCUGUACAAGAAGAAGAAGAUAACCAAGACUCUACAAACGACAACUCAGACACCGAUGUAGACGCAGAACCUGGCAUUUCUCAAAUAAAACAUGUUUACGAGGUUAGGAACCAUGGUCCCAGUGAUGUUGGUCAGACCAUCGCUACCAUCAUGUGGCCAGCCACAACCGAGGAAAGAAGUAUAACCGUAACAGUCCCCGACGUUUCUUUGAAAAACCAACAAGGCUACUGUCUUGUUGACAACGCUACAGCUCUGCUGUGUGGAAGUGUUGAGGACUGUUACACCAUCAGUUGUAUAGUCCAUGGGCCUGUAAGUGGGGAUAGCUUUGUCCUGGAGAUCACGUCGGCGGUAGAAGACGUACAGCGUUCGUCUGUUGGCAACAUGACUCAGGAUCGGCUGGUGUCAUCAGCCCGGGUGGUGGUUAUGGACAUGCCUUACAGUAUCAGCCCGGCCGCGCUUCCAACAGCAGAAACUAACCUUGGAUUCUUCGAUCGAAAGAAAGUGUCCAAAGAAGAUGACGCAUUUGACGCCCAUGACAGAGAGCUGGACAGUGGGAUUCAGGAGGACGAAGACGGGGCCGCGGUAAAGGUGCCUUGACGAAGGCAAAGCAGAGUCGAAAGUGUGCACCUUUAAUUAUAAGCCCCUGUUACACAUAGCCGAAUAUAACCUCCAGAACCCUGCCGAACUACCCUUGUUGGGAGUAGGUCGGGA